CCGUCCGUCAUCUCAUCCACUUCCUACUCUCAUACCCAGAGUGCACUCAAUUUUGACAUCAACAACAACUGAGACAUAAGAUAAUGUCGAUUGACCUGAAUUGGGAGACGCUCACUAGCGGCCCCGACGGCGAUGCCCUCGCUGAGCGCAUACGGGAGUUCGUCCACGAGAAAUUCCAGACAGUUCCAUUACCAAAAUUCAUUCGCUCAGUAAACGUCCACGGUUUCGACUUCGGUACCAUCCCUCCACAGCUUGAGCUCAAGGAUAUUACAGAUCCUCUACCUGAUUUCUACGAGGAGGACCUGGAUGAUGAUGAAGAGGACAGCGAAGAAGAGCCAUCACCUCCUCCGCCCCCAGAGCCAACAAGGAUGAGGCCUGGACCUACACCGUGGGGAGGUUCAACGAGGAGAGGUGGUGGAUUGAGGAGCGAGGUAUUGAGGAAUGAGAUGAUGGGUCAUGAUUUGGGAAGUCCGUUCCUAGGAACUUCAACGCCAGGAAUUCUAGGAGGAUCGGGAUUGGGUUAUUUCCAAAGUCAUCUUGGAACAGGCACGCAUACGCCUUUAGCAGCUGUUGCAAGUGCGCAUCAUACUAACUGGAUGAGCGUCCCGGGAACACCAGCACGCGACUGGGGAGCCCCCAGUCACACACGGAACCCAUCGCAAAGCAGCCUGACUUCUGUUGAUAACUUCAAGUCCAGCCUUGACCCGCUGCAGAGCCUGCGUGAGAAGGGAAGCGUCUCUACGCUGGCGCCUACGUCAGUGGAGGCGUCGCGGCCGCCAACGAGGGAUACACACCUUGGCGGCUCGGCGAUUGUAGACGACGAUGAAGAGGAGGGAGAAGAAGAAGAAGGAGAAGCAGGACGGCGGCCGAGAGAACCUCGUGUUGAGGACGUACAAGCUGUCUUUAGGAUACGCUACAACGGUGAUAUACGCUUGAACCUCACUGCGGAGAUCUUGCUCGACUACCCCAUGCCAAGUUUUGUGGGUAUACCUCUAAAACUCAACAUUACAGGCUUGACAUUUGAUGGCGUGGGAGUAUUGGCACAUAUCCGCAAGCGAGUACAUUUCUGCUUCCUCGGCCCAGAUGAUGCACUCGCAGCUGUCGGUCCCGACGAUACGAAAGAAGAGGGGGGUUCGAGCACUUCUACAGCAGAUGCCAAUAAUGAACAUCACAAACCACGAUUUGGGGGGCUUCUACAAGAGAUUCGUGUGGAGAGCGAGAUUGGAGAACGGGUUGGCGGAAAGCAGAGCUUGAAGAAUGUGGGCAAAGUCGAGAGAUUCGUGCUAGAGCAGGUCAGAAGGAUCUUUGAGUCGGAAUUCGUCUAUCCCAGCUUUUGGACGUUCCUGGUAUAA